GAUGUCUCGCUACCCGCACGACGCCAAGGUUUACGUCGGUGAGUUAGGUAACAAUGCCAGCAAACAGGACAUUGAGGAAGCGUUCGGGUAUUACGGUCCGCUGCGCAACGUGUGGGUCGCCCGCAAUCCGCCCGGUUUCGCCUUCGUCGAGUUCGAGGAUGCACGGGACGCCGAGGAUGCAGUGCGCGGCCUGGACGGACGUACCAUUUCCGGCCGCCGGGCCCGGGUAGAGCUGUCGACGGGAAGGGGCGGAAGGGGCGGUGGUCGUGGUGGACCACCGCGCGGCGGUGGCAAAGGUGGCCGGUUCCAGUCGGAUGAUCGAUGCUACGAGUGUGGCGGCCGGGGCCACUUUGCACGCGAUUGCGCACGUUCUGGGCGCAGGGGACGUAAAAGAUCGCGAAGCCCAAGGUCACGAUCGCGUGAGCUUCGUACACGCUCGCGCAGCUACAGCCGUUCCCGUUCCCGGGACCGUCGCUCUCGGUCCAAGGCAACACCGAAGCGCGGCGGUGUGGCUAACAACCGGUCACUGAGCCGCGAUGUUAGCAAAACGCCACGCCGCAAUGUAUCCCGCAGCCCAUCGCGUAGCCGUUCCCGAUCGGCCAAGCGAUCGAUGUCACGCUCACAGUCGCGAUCGGUAUCGAGAUCGCGCUCCCGCCAUCGCAAUGGAGAUCACAACUAA